AAAAUGAUUGAUGUUCGUUCUCAGGAGUUUUUAAAAAAAUAAUUGAAUCCUUUUUACUUCUUUAGGGUUUCUUAUUCGUUAUUUCCCUCCAAUAGCUUUGACAUCAAUCUGCAACUGCAAACCAAAUCAAAUUUCCACCCACUCCUCCGCUCCUAUCUCUCGCCGGAAGGUGCACAGAUUGGUUCUUUUCUUGAUAUUUUACACCACCAUUUAUAACCCUCAUAUCUGUCAUUCGGAAAUCUCUUUUACCUAUAUCUGUUACUAAUUAUACUAAUCAAUCAUUAUGCCUGGCAAGAACUUUCACAUUACUACCUAUUUGAUUCUUAUCUUAUCACGUGGAUUCUACUAAAAUUCUUUACUGCAAGUCCAUUUGGCCUUUGAUUUUUUUCCUCCUUUCAAUAUGUGUAUACUUCUUCCCAUAAAUUCUUCUGGCCUCUGUGCCUUCUUCACAGCUCCCCUGCAAGCUUGUUUACUUAUUAACAUAAGAUGCCAAGGGCAAGGGGAAAUGCGUCUGCAGCUGCUGAGCCAGUUGAACCUGAAAACUCAGUUGGGUCAGAUGAAAAGGUCGAUCUAGAUGAAGAUGAUGAUCCGGAGGAGAUGGAUGAAGAGGUUGAGUAUGAAGAAGUAGAGGAAGUAGAAGAAAUAGAAGAGGAGGAGCUAGUGGAGGUGGAGGAAGAAGAGGAGGUUGAGGAAGAGGAUGAGGAAAAUGCUAAUAGCAGUGAUGAAUCUAGUGCCCAGAAAAGGGUUAUAGGCGAUGAUACAAACGUUGGCAAUGAGGAUGAGAGGAAAAUACAUGCCGAGCUUCUCUCACGUCCUCCUCAUGGAUCUGAAGUGUACAUUGGCGGCAUACCUCCUGAUGCUUCUGAGGAUGACUUGAAGGGUUUUUGCGAGUCUAUUGGAGAAGUUACUGAGGUUCGGAUAAUGAAAGGCAAAGAUUCAAAUGAGAACAAACGCUUUGCAUUUGUGACCUUUAGAAAUGUUGAUCUUGCUUCCAAGGCUAUUGAUGAUUUAAAUAAUGCUGAGUUUAAGGGUAGAAAGAUAAAAUGUUCCACCGCCCAAGCAAAAUACAGGUUGUUCCUUGCUAACAUUCCUAAAAGCUGGGAAGAUGAAGAUUUGCGGAAGGUUGUGGCGAAAGUUGGGCCAGGAAUCACUGCUUUGCAAUUGGUGAAGGAUAUGAAGACAAACAAUAACAAGGGCUUUGCUUUCAUCGACUACUAUAAUACUGCAUGUGCUGAGUAUGCGAGGCAGAGAAUGGGGAAUUCAGAUUUUAAACUGGGUGAUAAUACUCCAGCUGUAAGCUGGGCUGAACCUAAAAAUGCUGAUUCUUCUAGUGCUUCACAGGUAAAGGCGAUAUAUGUUAAGAAUUUACCAAAGAAUGUAACCCAAGAUCAGUUGAAGAAGCUAUUUGAACACCAUGGUAAAAUUCUAAAGAUAGUAUUGCCACCCGCAAAGCCUGGACAGGAGAGAAAUAGGAUUGGUUUUGUACAUUUUGCAGAGCGGUCUAGUGCUAUGAAAGCAUUGAGGAAUACUGAAAAAUAUGAAUUAGAUGGCCAAGUUGUGGAAUGUUCUCUUGCAAAACCUCAAACAGAUCAGAAGUCUCUUGGAGUGCCAAAUUUACAGAACUCAGGUUUACUUACGACUUACCCUCCUGUUAGCGGUUAUGGUAUGCUAGGAGGCGCCUUUGGUGCUCUCGGAGCAGGAUAUGGUGCCGUUGCACAGCCAAUGAUCUAUGGAAGAGGACCAUCUCCUGCUGGAAUGGCAAUGAUGCCAAUGCUUCUACCUGAUGGGCGGAUUGGUUAUGUCCUGCAACAGCCUGGAGUACAACUACACUCUCCACCUUCACACCACAAAAGUGAUAGCAGGCACAGCAGUGGGGGUUCUAGCAGAAGCGGUGGCAGUUCUGGUAGAGGUAGUAGACAAGGCAACGAUAGCAGCAAUGGGCGUAGAUAUCGACCAUAUUAAUUUCUCUUUUGUAUGCUUUAUGGUCGUAGAGGGACUCUUCUGUAUUCCCCUUCUCAUCAAUUGUUUUAUUUAUGAUGAAAAAGUACAACUAAAUAACAUGGACCUUUUAAUGUCUUCUGAUUUGUGAUUAUAGAUGAUGUGAGCUCUCUCAAUUCUAUUU